AUGGAGGCGGGGGAGAAGAACAACCUUUCUCAUCGGUUUAAGGCGCUGGAGAAGCUUAGAGAGUAUUUACAGGCGGGCGGUGGACUCAAGGAAUGUGUUGUACUCAUGCGGAAGACGAGUCCGGUCGAUGACCGAAGAUCGCUUGUGACGGAAUGCGCCAUUGCCAACGCAUUCUGCGCGCUUGAGGCUGGCGCGACACACAUUGACACGUCGGUGCUUGGUAUCGGCGAGCGUGUGGGCAUCACCCCUCUCGGAGGACCCGUCCCCGAAUACGUGCGAUCGAAAUACAACCUUCCCAUGCUCCGCGAGAUUAAGAACCUUGUUGCUGCAACCGUCGAAGUCUCUGUCCCCUUCUGCCACCCCAUCACCGGAUACUGCGCCUUCACCCACAAGGCUGGUAUCCACGCCAAGGCGAUCCUGAACAACCCGUCUACGUACGAGAUCCUCAAACCCGAAGACUUCGGCCUGACGCGGUACGUCCCCAUCGGCCAUCGUUUGACCGGAUGGUAUGCCGUCAAGAGCCGAGUAGAGCAGUUGAAGCUCAACCUCACGGACGACCAGAUCAAGGAUGUCACUGCUAAGAUCAAGGAGCUUGCGGACGUGCGCACGCAGAGCAUGGAGGACGUCGACACGCCCUUGCGUGUGUAUCACAGUGGUGUGGAGAGCGGAGAGCUCGAAUUUGGGCAGAGCUCGAACUUGGGCAGAGACACGUUCUCGGCCGUUUGCUCGAGAAGCACACGAGUUAGAGCCAGGAGCGCAUGGCCUCGUGUCGCAUGA